AUGCUUCAGGAAGGUGCACACGGUAAAUGGACAGUAUCCAGCAGUGAUGAAAGUGCUGAUGAAAAUUCUGACCGUGAAAAACCAUCUACGUCUUCACUAUCAGCUGCUGCAUGUGAUAAAACAAAUGGGCCACAGUAUCCGUGCUCUGAAGCUAGGAAAGCUGCUCACAAGAGAAAAGCUUCUCCCCUGAAGUUCACUGAUAAAAGUUCUACAGAAGUACGUCCAGCAGUAAAACAGAUAGUUAGCCAAGAAGGCUUAGGCUGGUGUCUUUCUAGUAGUGACGAAGAGCCUGAAGAUGAGCAAAAGCAGGCUCUCAAAGGGACACUGAAAGAAGAAAAGUGUGAUGCCCCCAAAGAACAUCCUCUGAAUCUUUGCAAAGAAGAGAAUCUCUCAGAGAAUCAGAAAGCAGAAGAGUAUAAUGAAACACCCAGUGAAGCCCAAGACGCCUGGGAUUUAUUGAAUGGAGGGAACCCUUUCAGGUUUUUUCUCACUAAAGUCAGUGGAAUUCAACAGACCUAUAAUUCUGGAGCCCUACACAUAAAAGAUAUUUUGUCUCCUCUUUUUGGAACUCUCAUAUCUUCUGCCCAGUUUAACUACUGUAUAGAUGUGGGAUGGCUUGUAAGACAGUAUCCUCAGGAAUUCAGGAAGAAGCCAUUGCUGAUAGUUCAUGGCGAAAAGAGAGAAUCCAAAGCUGAACUGCUUGCACAAGCACGGCCUUAUGAGAACAUUAGCUUUUGUCAGGCUAAACUGGAUAUUGCAUUUGGAACUCACCAUACGAAAAUGAUGCUGCUGUUAUACGAAGAAGGUCUUCGAGUUGUGAUACAUACAUCCAAUCUUAUUGCUGAAGAUUGGCACCAGAAAACCCAGGGAAUAUGGCUAAGCCCUUUAUAUCCAAGGCUAACUAAAGGAGCAACUGGUUCUUCUGGUGAAUCUGAAACUAAUUUUAAAUCAGACCUAAUAAGUUACUUGAUGUCUUACAAUUCUCCUACACUCAAGGAAUGGAUAGAUCUGAUUCAAGACCAUGAUUUAUCAGAGACAAGAGUGUAUCUGCUUGGCUCUACCCCUGGACGAUAUCAAGGCAGUGAUAAGGAAAAGUGGGGUCAUCUUCGACUCAGAAAGCUUUUGAGGGACCAUGCUUUGCCAAUACCAGCUCAGGAAUCCUGGCCUCUUGUUGGACAGUUCUCAAGCAUUGGUUCAAUGGGAGCUGAUGGGUCCAAAUGGCUGUGCUCGGAGUUCCAGGAAAGCCUGGUGGCUGCAGGCAACAGUGUGAAAACUUUCCUUAAAUGUGAUGUUCCACUCCAUUUGGUUUAUCCUACUGUGAACAAUGUGAGGCAAAGUCUGGAAGGCUAUCCUGCUGGUGGCUCACUUCCGUACAGCGUGCAGACAGCACAGAAACAGCUGUGGCUGCAUUCCUAUUUCCACCAAUGGUCAGCAGAAGUCUCAGGUCGAACUCAUGCUAUGCCUCACAUUAAGACAUACAUGAGACUCUCUCCUGACUUCCAGAAGAUUGCAUGGUUCUUAGUAACAAG